AUGUAUUUUACCAGUAAUAUCUUACAAAUAUUCACUAUAUUAAUAAUUGUGAACAUUAGGGUAACGAUAUCACAAUUUAAUAAACCUUGGACUGAUAAGUAUGAAAAUAUGUGUCCAAAACUCUAUCCAAAAAAUUUUGAUAAUUACGCUCCUGCAGGUAAUAUCACUGCUGGUAAUUACACAGAAAAGAAAGACUUAAAGGGUGUUCGGCAAUGUGUUAUGGCUUGCUGUCUUGCAGAAUCUUGUAAUAUUGUGUUCAUUGUGGAAACAAAAUGUUAUCAUGUGGAGUGUGUUAGUGAUGAGCUGUGCUUGCCUAUACCUCGAGUUGGGACUCAUAAAUGGGAAUCACAUGUCUCAAUGAUAUUAGUGAAACCAGUUUUACCCAAUGAGAACUGGUCAGAUAUUUUAGACCAAUCUAACUACCGAGAAAUAAGUAAUAAUUUGUCUCCUGAAGAGGUAUUAUAUUCCACAUAUACAAAUCGGCGCAACGACCUCCUAACUGAAGAUGAAGAUUUUCUAUCACAUUUCCUUAAUAACUUGCCUAACCUAGAAGCUGAAGAUUCACAGGCAUUUAAUAAAUUUCGAGAUAGCAGCGAUGAUAUGAUAAUGGAUGCAUCAAACUUCCUUGAAAAGGUACCUUGUGUUGUUGGUGAACCUGAUGACUGUCCUUUCAAUUCCGAGUGUGUGUCACUAGGAUUAAAGCUACGCAAUGGGAUAUGCAAAUGUGUGCCAGGCACCGAAGAAAAUGCACAAGGUGCUUGUGUUCAAACAUUGAGACCUUAUUCUAAAGGACCAACAAUACCAAUGGAUGCUAUAAAAAAGAGUGAUGAUUUAGUUGCUGAAUCUAAAGUUGAAAGUUUUAACAUGAAAUCUCAAACACCAGCACCAAGACAAAAUCUGACUGUUUCAAUUUUGUCUAAGCAGGUCCAACUUCCGGACAACGAAGUAACCCUGGCAGCUUAUACAAUACCUGAUGAAAAGUCUACAAUGAGUCAUUAUAACUAUGUGUGGACACUUGUGGAUCAACCAAAGGAUGGCUUUACUGGUAAUAUGAACCAAAAUGGAGCUUCAGUGACUCUAACAGAUUUAACAGAGGGUCAGUAUCGGUUCAAAGUGACAGUUAAUGGCACAAAUUCCUACGGCGAAGGUUUCGCAAAUGUUACAGUUUUACCGCCAAAACGCACAAAUACUCCUCCAUUAGUUGUAAUAACACCGCAGUCACAGACUGUAAAAUUGCCCAAUUCCGUUGCAGUACUUGAUGGCAGUGCGAGCAAGGAUGAUGAUGCAAUAAUAUCAUGGCAUUGGGACCUGACAUCGGCUCCUAUUAGUUACCAGCCCCAACUGCAAGAUGGACCUACUCUAGUACUUAAGGAUCUGAAGCAACCUGGAAACUACACAUUUAAACUGACCGUUGAAGAUUCAGAUCAUGUUAAAAAUUCUACAACAGCUAACAUCACUGUUUUAAAUCAUACUGACUAUCCACCAGAAGCCAAUGCAGGCCAAGACGUUAUAAUAUAUUUACCAAACAACAACUUGACAUUAAAUGGUAGCCUUUCGACCGACGACCAUGAAAUUACUUCUUGGGAGUGGACCAAGUCGGCAGAGGACGAGAAUAAGGCUGUGGAUAUGCAAAACACACAUUCUCCGUAUUUACAGCUAUCGAAUUUAUCAGAAGGUGUUUACACAUUUGUGUUAAAAGUGACGGACUCAUCAGGGCAGUCAUCUACGGCCGAUGUUCACGUGUUCGUGAAACCUCCGACUAACACGCCACCGAUUGCAGAAGCUGGGUCUGAUAUUUUCAUUUCGCUACCUCAAACAUGGGUCACACUUAACGGAUCCGGUUCGCACGAUGACCACCGUAUAGUCGCAUACACGUGGCGUUGCAUAUCCGGCCCCACUAACUCUAACAUUGUCGGCUUCAAUGAAUCGAUUGCCAAUGCGACCUCACUCACUAAGGGCCAGUACGUUUUCUCACUGACGGUACUCGACGAUAAUGGCAACUCCGCCUUUGACAAUGUCACCGUUACAGUAACACAGAACAAAAAUAGUCCACCGAAAGCUGACGCCGGCGGUGAUCAAGUGCUGACUUUACCACUAUCGGUGCUUAUAUUAAAUGGCUCUAAGUCGCAUGAUGAUUUUCGCAUAAUUUCGUGGAAGUGGACUCGUGCUGGCUCUGGACUAGCCGCUGGCACUGUUAUACUCGGUUCUGAUACACAACCGGUACUUAUGCUAACAAACAUAGAACCCGGAAGAUAUGUAUUUGAGUUGACAGUGACAGAUGACCAAGGUGAAUCUGACAGAGAUACAGUAAGCAUACAAGUAAAACAGGACCCAUUGGAAAUGAACCUGCUGGAGAUGACACUUCACACGCCAAUAUCAACAUUUACUAAAAGCCAAUUGGAUACCCUUAUUCAAAAGAUGACACUGCUUCUAAAAGAUGACCUAAAAGUCAACGUAACUGAAAUCCGUGGAGAGGUGGAUUCUGGAAAUACACAAAUAAUAUUUUUCUUAUCUGAGAAGGGCGCAGCGGUCGAGGGUAUAAGAGCGUUGAGCGCGGUGCGCGGCACGGGCUUGACGCGCGGCGCGGGCGCGGGCGUGGCGGGCGUGGCGCGCGUGCGCUCGCUGCGCUGCCUCAGCGCGUGCUCGGGCCGCGGCGUGUGCGACCGCGCCACGCGCACGUGCCGCUGCGACGCCUUCUGGAUGCAGAGCCUGCUCACGCAGCUCGACCCCGACGCCCAGCCCGACUGCAGCUGGUCGGUGGUGUACGCGAGCCUGGGCGGCGUGGCGGCGCUGUGCUGCGCGGGCGGCGCGUGCGCGGCCGCGGCGCGCCUGCUGCGUCGCGCCUGCGCGCCGCGCCGCCGCCCGCGCACGCACUACCGCCUGCUGCCGCACGCCGACGAGGACAAACCCUUCACCGCCAAAGUUGAAUCAGAAUCUGAGGCCGAUUCGGACGUAUUGUAUGAGACAAAAAGCAAAACCACAACGUUUGCAAGUCGCGCAACUAAUGGCGAAGCGUUGCAAGGAAACGGCUGGAAGAAAAAUGGACACAAAGUUUCUCGUAAGAUUAAAACAUAG